UUGACAGUUCGUACUUCAUACUCAUCAUAGGCCCCAGCGGGUUGGGACAUUACGGCUACAGGUAGUGGAGGGCCGAGGGAGUACGAUUUACGAACGUCAUUACUGAGUGACAAAAACAGAAUACAAAAGUUGAUUGUACUUGUAGAGUAUCGUGUCUUUUCUAUUGGAAUUUUCUACUGGAAACAGAUAAAAUUUACGAAAUGACGACGCUGGCUCCUGUAAAGUUAGUUUCUGAUGAAGAACUAAGAAAGUAUUUCCCGGACCUACCGAAAGGACCCCUGGAUAGUUUUAGAAAAAAGGCAUCAUUUAACUGGCGACGAAUGAAACUUGUGUAUGACAAUUUGGCGACAAUUAAAUUAAAACAUGAUAUUUGGACAUUUAUGGAGAAAAACCCUCUCUUUCACCACUCCAACUCACCCCUUACAAUGGAUGAACAGAGGCAAAUAGCUGUUAAGAGGAUGUACAGUAUUUAUAAUGAGAAAUUUGCUACAUUUGAAAAGAUAAUAGAAGAGCCAAGAUCUUUCCAGGCAGAAGCCGAGGCAUUAUUCAUGUUUGACAGCAGCCUGUCAGUUAAAACCUCUCUCACAUUCCGAAUGUUCUCAAAUACAAUACAAGGUAGUGGAAAACCACAUCACUACCAUUUCAUAGAAGACAUAGAGAAGGCCAAGAUUGGUGGCUGUUUUGCAUUGACUGAAGUGGCACAUGGGUCAAAUGCAAAGGGGAUGAGGACGACUGCUACAUACUGUCCGCAAACUCGACAAUUUAUUAUGCAUUCACCAGACUUCGAGGCUGCCAAGUUCUGGGUGGGAUCCAUGGGUAAGUGCGCGACUCACGCCAUAGUGUACGCGAGGCUGGUGUCGAAAGGCAAGGACCACGGACUUCACUCGUUUGUAGUGCCCCUGCGAGAUCCGAAGACAUUGAAGCCAUACCCAGGGGUCACGGUCGGCGAUAUUGGGGAGAAGAUAGGACUUAAUGGCGUAGACAACGGGUUUGUAAUGUUCAACAAAUACCGCAUACCGAAGGACAAUGCGCUCGACAAGCUCGGCGGAGUGGACGACGCGGGGGAUUAUCAGACGCCGUUCAAAGAUCCAAAGAAACGGUUCGGUGCUUCCUUGGGGAUAUUAUCCGGGGGUCGCGUACACAUAACGUCCAUAUCGACGAACUAUCUCCAAAAGGCGAUAGUGAUCGCAAUCAGAUACUCCGCCGUCCGGAGGCAGUUCGGACCUGAUGAUGCAGACGAGGAGACUCCGGUCUUGGAGUAUCAGCAACAGCAAAUCCGCCUGCUGCCGUACCUAGCGGCCACGUUCGCGUUCCGCGUGUUCUGCUCUUGGUUCGGUGUGCAGCACGUCAAAAUCACCAUCGACAACUUUACGGGUCAAGGAGAAAACAUGGCCAACAUGGGCGUGGAGAUGCACGCACUCUCAUCGGCCGUGAAGCCGGUGUGUGGCUGGACCGCGAGAGAUGGCAUCCAGAACUGUCGCGAGGCGUGCGGCGGACACGGAUAUCUGAAAGCGGCGGCUAUCGGUGACAUUCGCAACGACAACGACGCGAACUGCACCUACGAGGGGGAGAACAGCUUACUGCUGCAGCAGACCAGCAACUGGCUGCUGGGCGUGUGGGACCGCAGGCACCAGCUCACAGCCGAGCAUUCGCCACUCGGCUCACUGGAGUUCCUGUACAACGUUGAUGAUACGCUGAACAAGACCUGUCCUUGGAAUUCCGUGGAUCAAUUUGCUGAGCCUGCUAAUCUGGUGGAGAUGUACAGGUGGCUGACCGCGUACACUCUCAAGAUGACUCAUGAGAAGGUGUCCCGUCUGAAGCGCGACGGUAACACCCCGCUGCAGGCCAAGAACGACUCGCAGGCGUACCACGCCGUGGCCCUGUCCGUCAUCUACGGAGAGAAUUACAUACUGAACCACUUCUACAAGACCGCUAGCUCGUUCCCGGACGCGGCCUGCAGGGAGGUCUUGCUGCAACUGGUCGCCUUGUACGGAGGCUUUCUGCUGGAGAAACACAUGGCCACAUUGUAUAUUGGCGGCUACCUCAGUAAACAACAAGGGCUGUUCCUGCGGGAGGCAGUACUGUGGGGGUGCCGGCGCGUCAGUGCGGAGGCGGUGUCGCUCGCUGACACCCUGGCGCCACCCGACUGGUGCCUCAACUCCGUCCUGGGUGCCGCCGACGGAGAGGCCUACAAGCACAUACAGAACAAAGUGAUGACGUACCCGGGGUCAAUGACCCGCCCCGAGUGGUGGAGGGACGUCGUGUUCUGGGACUCGUAUGUAUCGUCUAAGCUGUAGAUAUCUGAUGUACUAUUAGGACACCCCGAUGAUGCAUUACCAAUGUGCGUUACCUAGUUUAAUAUUCAACAUAACAAGGAUCUAAUACUUAGCCUGGCUGAUAGUUUACGACUUACUGAUUGUUUGUCAAUCUAAUCUAGUAUAUUGAAAGCAGCAUUCACAACCGUACGAUAAUUUCAUAACUACGUACGAUGUACGAUAGUACACACUACUAUCGUAAAUAUAUUAUAUGAUAAUUUCCAUUUUGACGCAAAAUUUUAAAAUUAUACAAAUUGCCGACCGCCUGGUCUUUUUUGCAGUCAGCGCCAUCUAUUGACUCAUUUCUGUCUCAGGAUCAACUUACACUAGUAUAGUAAUACCAACUUAUCUGUGAAGUGGCAAAAAUAGGAACUACGGUCGCCAUGUUGAAAUGUCAUUCGACUGUCAAUGUCUACUACUUUCGAGUGUUCCGUUUGUUUUAUUGCGAUACUUCUGAAUUUUAAGCGUUAAAUAUUCCCCGACUUUUGUGCACAUUGGAAUUAAUUAGUAACACUGAAACUACGAUGGCGACACCCAUCAGUUCACAGAUAACUUGGUGACACUGUAUACUAAGUUUAUGGGAACAACAACGGUUAGGUGAAAACGUCAUGCUGCUGCUUCAAGGCGAAUUCUUUCAUUGGUUGCUCAAUGCUCUUGCUACGGUCUGCCAAUCAGCGAUCGAUAUCAUCUACAGAGUAAUUUUAGUUGCACUAAUCGUCGUUCAAUGUGAUUUGUUUCGAUUAUUGGCAUAUUUCAUAAAGAUUUUUUAAUUUUUUAUUGUAUUAUAGUCAUCCUUAUGGUUACGAUAUUUUUCAUCCAUGUACGAUAAUUUUACGGCCCUGGGUACGAUAGCUGCCGGCCUCAGGUUGUGAACACUGAUUGAAAGUGUGUCACGAACAGAGGUGCCUUUUUAUAUAAAAGACUACAGUCCACAUUGACAAACAUAAUUUAAAAAAACAAUUGUUUUGCAUCGGUUACAUAAAUUGUUUUAUGUGUGCAGAGACGGCAUGAUUAUAUAUUUAUUAUAUGUAUAGAUAAUAACAAUCUACUGAACAAAUAAUUCCUUCAAGCACCUUUUGCAUAUCCAUAUCAGACUUCUAGUUUUUAAGAAUUAAAAUGUAUGCAAGAAAUAUUAAUUAAAUAAAAUACUAUAUUUUUGUACAUUGGAAAUGGAUAAUGACAUAGCCAUUAUUAACAAUUAAUCGUUUUAUACAUUUUAUAUUUUUAUACAACAUGUGUUGAUAGAAAUGGAUAAAAUACAUUGUAAAUGUAUAAUUAAGUGUAAAUAAAAAGGGUUUCGGUGGCAAUAUGUUAUUAAAUAAUAUUUUAUUACUGUUAUUAUUAUUAUUGUUCAUAUAUUUAAGGACAUCAUUUAUAUUUUUAAAUUGUUGUUAUAUUUGGGAUUUUAGAAUAUUAUGUACAUGUUAUAAUAAAUAUUAUUAAAAUUUUA